GGACGCCGUCGCUUCCUCCGCUCGCACCGUUCCAGGAUCAGCGUCGCUUUCAGGGAGAUUCCUGCCUCCGCUCGGAUGAAACUCGGCGUCAUUUAACAGGACAGAGAAAGUGAAAAGCUCUGACAGCUCUCAUGUGGGAGCUUCUACCUGGACCACAGAUGGCGUCGCUUUGCUCUUCUUCUGUCGGGUCGACCUUAACCACGACGGUUUGAGGGCGGAGGAGGGUCCUGUAACGUUCCAUCUGAUCGGUAAAGCCUCUGGAGCCUGCAGCAUGGAGCCGUCCGCCGGCGUGGUGGGUCUGGACGCUCAGGGGAACAUGGUGUUCACCGUGGUGAAGCCCGUCGUGGGGAUCUUCCAGGGCGUGCACGCUCUGUCCGACCACGCCUCAGUUCUCCCUCCGGGACAGAGUCCGGCCCCGGCGGAGCACAGCCAGGCGGAGAUGCAGCGUUCUGAACCGGCCCAGAGCAAGGCGGCGCCGGCGAGCUCGUCCGGCAGCCACAUGCCGUUCGCAGAGGUGUCGUCGCUCCUGGAUCCCAACAUGAAGGGAUCCAAGGCUCGGAAGUACCUCGUCGCGUACGAUGAGAUAAAGCGGCGGCUGCAGGCCCCGGAGAAGAUGUCGCUGCGCUCGCUGGCGGCCUACACCCGGGUCAGCCGGGGCCCGGCCAGCAAGAAGGCCCUGCUGGAGUCGCUGGGCGUGCUGGGCCUCACGCCCAGCACCACCACCGCCGUGUCCUCGUCCUUCUCCAAGCUCACCGAAGGCGACACCAGAGCGCUCUGUGACGACAUGAAGGACUUCGCCCAGGAUUACAUCGACUACAGCAACAUGGCCAAACAGCUCAUCCCCGACUCCAACAUGGUGCAGCACUGGUCCAAAAUCAUCGAGUCCAAGAAUCACCUGGAGGACAUGAGGAAGUGCUUCCGGGACCCGGCCAACAGCGGCGCCUUCGACAGCGUGACGCACGGCCUCGGCCUGGGCAUGCUGGACGUGGCGCUGGACAUGGUCGUCGCGGUGAUCGAGCAGCAGAUCCGCAUCCUGUCGGGCGCGGCGGCGGCGGCGGACCCCGCCGACUCCGGCCCGCCGGCGCGGCGCGUCCGCCGGCGCCACCGCAGGGCCCGGCCGGCGGACGGCGAGACGAGCCAGAGGGCCGGCGAGGGCGUCGCCGCGCCGGGGAGGCUCGUCUGCAAAGGCAAGAGCAGAGCGAGAGCCGGGAAGGCGGCGAGGCGGGAGGCCGGCGGCGCCGGGGCGGGGCGGAGCCAGGCCGACAGCAACGUCCUCACCCUGGUCUCCGUGGGAUACGAGGCCGUUUCAGGAGGGCUGAACGUAGAAGGAAGCGUCUGAUCCGAGUCCGGAAGACUCCGCGUCAAACCCAAACCCAGCAGAUCGUAGACUUUGGUAACAGAUUUUCAUAUUUCACCAGAAUCUCUCCUGGAGAUGAAGCAUGACCGCAGGGGGACGUUAGUGUUUCCACUCUGUCGGACGGCGCAGGACAGAAACCUUCUGCUCAGACGACGUUCAGAGAACUCCAGAUGAACGGCGCCGCUCUUCUCUCACAGCCUUUCAGGACAGAACGUCUCUCUGAUGGAACGUCCAGCUGGAAACAGCUGAUUUCUUCUCCUCUGAAAAACAAAUUCCUCUCUUUCGUUGUUUUUAUUGUGCGACUGGACUCGUUUACAUUGAGUCUGAAUUAAA